AUGUACAAACUUGUCUCCAUCUUAUGCUUCCUUGUGUACACACUUGCCGCCGGCAAGACGAUCACGGUCAAGAACAACUGUAAAAAGGUUGUCAGUGUCGGCACCUUGACAAACGGCAAAGGUUCAGCCUUACCAGAGAAAACAGCUGACCUUCCACCUGGAGGCAGUACACAGUUUACCGAGUCAGAUACAUGGGGCGGUCGUGUCUGGGGUCGUUAUCAGUGUUCAGGGAGCUCCAGCAACGACGCGACAGCCUGUGGAAACCCAGGCGCGGUGAAUCCUGCAACAUUGGCCGAGUUCUUGUUCAAGGGUUCAAAUGGACAAGACUAUUAUGACAUCAGUUUAGUGGAUGGAUACAACCUCCAGAUGACCAUUUCGCCUGAUGGUGGUAGUCCUAGUAGUGGCUAUAGCUGUGGAUCGCCUCAGUGUGUCACCCCUGACUGUCCUGAUGAAUUUGCAGUCAAGGAUGGUACGGGAAACACGAUUGCUUGUAAGAGUGCAUGUUCCGCUACGGGUAAGCCUGAAGAUUGUUGCACUGGGCCUUAUAAUAGUCCGGAUGCUUGUAAGGCAGGGGCAGCAGCAAACAGUAUCAAAUCUUCUUGUCCUGACGCUUAUAGUUUUGCGUACGAUGAUCAGACCUCAACUUUUUCAUGUUCUGCAACUGGAUACACAGUGACAUUGUGCUAA